CAAGUAUUAGUCUAUACCAUAUCACACACUAUCAGCUUCCACUACUCCAUAAUUCCACCAAAAAAUAAAAUAAAAUAAAAUGGCGACCGAAACCGAAAUCCGGUUCGGAAUCCUCGGUUGUGCCGAUAUAGCCAACAAGGUCUCCGGGGCGAUAAAACUGGCACAAAACGCCACCGUUUAUGCCGUGGGCAGCCGUUCGCUUGAGAAAGCCAAGGCCUUCUCUGCCGCAAACAGCUUGGGUCCCAACGUCAAGACUUACGGAUCGUACGAGGAAGUUCUCGACGAUCCCGAUGUCGACGCCGUCUACAUUCCGUUGCCGUGCGGCUUGCAUCUCCGGUGGGCCGUUCUCGCUGCUCAGAAGAAGAAACACAUACUGCUUGAGAAGCCGGUGAGUUUGAAUGUGGCGGAGUUCGAUGCCAUUGUUGAUGCUUGCGAAUCCAAUGGAGUACAGAUCAUGGACGGUACCAUGUGGAUGCACCAUCCCAGGACCGCUGCCAUGAGAGAAUUCCUCUCCGAUGCUCACCGUUUUGGUGACCUCAAAUUGAUACACACAUGCUUUUCCCUUGCCUGUGGUGAAGAUUUUCUCAAGAACAACAUCCGCGUAAAACCAGGACUCGAUGGUCUAGGUGCUCUCGGCGAUGCAGGAUGGUAUUGCAUAAGAGGAAUCCUUUGGGCUGCAAACUAUGAGCUGCCUAAAACAGUCAUAGCCUCGGAAGGUGCUGUGCUCAACGAAGAUGGUGUAAUUUUAUCAUGUUCCGCAUCUUUGCAUUUCCAAGAUGGCAAAAUUGCAACAUUCUACUGCUCUUUCUUAUCGUAUUUGGCCAUGAAAAUCACUGCCAUCGGAACCAAAGGGACGUUGGACGCAAACGAUUUCGUCGUCCCUUUCGGCGAUAAGCCUCAUUUCACUACGGCUACAAAAUGUUGGUUCAACGAUGUUCAUACGGCUUGGGAACCCAAACCUAUUCAGCAUCCCAUCGGCUCUGAUGAUCUUCCUCAAGAGGCGAGGAUGGUUACCGAGUUUUCGCGGUUGGUCAGAGAGAUUAAGAAAGGUUCGAAACCGGAGAAGAAAUGGCCGAUGAUUAGUAGGAAGACACAGUUGGUAAUUGAUGCUGUCAAAGCUUCCAUUGAAAAUGGUUUCCAGCCUGUGGAGCUUUGAUUAAUUGCUGUUAACGAAUAAACUAGUGUUUUGUUAAUUUCACUUUCUUGUUUUCUGAACAAUUUAAAAGGUUCUCAUUUGUGUGUUUUACUAAUAAAUGCCAAGUUUAUAUGUAGA